AAGAGGUGUAUCCAAGCAACCAAACAGACCCCUCACCUUGUUCACCGAUUAAAAAUCACAUAAACCUACAAAACCCUAACGCCUCCAAGAGCGAAGCUGCUAAAACCUGAGCAAGAGGGUGAACACAAUCAGAGCCAAAAAAAAGUGCUUAAACAUGGCAAAGUCAAUGAGAUCGAAGAGAGAGAAGCGGCUAAGAGCCAUAAGGAGAGAUCUGGUAGAGCCCUUUUAUGACAAAAAAGAUGCAGCCAAGCUCGCUGCUCAAGAAGCUGCUCUUGCUGCUCCCAAGUUGCCCGUAAAACCUUCUCCUUUCGCUUCUACUUCUUCAGCCAUGGACACGACCACGACUGCAACUACUGUCUCAAAUACCAACAUCGAUGUGGAAAUGGCUGAUGACAGUCGAACUAGGAGUACAUUGAAGCCUAUAGGGAAGAAGCUAAAAAAGAAAUUCAAACUGGCAAAGAACAAGCGCCGCGGUAAGGGGAAGAUCAGGAGGAAGCAUAUUUAACUCUGUAAACUGAUAAGGAUCAUGUGUUCAAGUUCUGAUAUUUGUUUGGCCAGGUGAAAUGACAGUUUUAUGUUUGAGACUGUUCUGUCACAUUCUGAUAUUCUGAUGCCUUAAUGAUAUCUUCAAUCUAUAAAAUUUUGAUCA